GCCCUCUAUCGGUUGACACCGAGGCAGGGAUCAAGGGACGGAAAAGAUAAGCAGAUGUCAACGAAAUAAUUGUAAAUACUAUAAACUACAGAAAAAAAUAGCAGAAGACCUAUCAAGAUUAAGAAUGAUUUCAGAAUUAUCAACCAGACAAAAAGUGGCCCUGGCCAUUGCGUUGCCUGCUUCUAUGGUUCUCAUCUAUCUCUUGUUCAAGAAGAGGGAUGAUUAUGAUGCACCUGCUCCAUCCAAGCACGUGGCCACUGUGCAAAGACAGACUCUUGAGAUGAGCAUCCCACACAACAAGGUUGGACCUCUCAUUGGGAGAGAAGGCAUCAACAUCAAGAGGAUCCAGUCUGAGAGUGGAGCUAAUGUCAGGUUCUCUGAUGAAACCAAGAGAGAGGAUAAGUCCGACAGACUCCUCCGUAUCCAAGGUAACCGGGAUAGCAUCUUCCUGGCUGAGAGACUCAUCCUGGAUUUCUUGUCAGAGCAACCUGAAAUCAUCACAAAGACUCUCAUGCUUCCUCAGCAAGCUGUAGGAAGAAUCAUUGGACGUCAGGGAACAAACAUCAGAAUGAUACAGAACACUAGUAUGGCCAGAGUGAAGAUUGAUAGGGAUAUAGUGGAUGGGGAUGAUACCAAAAGACUUUGCACCAUCAGAGGAUCUAUCCAACAAGUGGACACCGCUGAGAACAUGAUAAUAGACGAAAUAAAUGAAAUGGAGGAUUACAAUCAAAGAUUAGCUGAGGCAGCUGCUAAUAGGAAAGAGAGACCUACAGGGAAAUCAGCCAGGAGUGUAUCACCCCAACCAAAGCUUACUCUCAACCCUGCUCCAGAAGAAGAAGGAGAAUGGCAGAUAGAGUCCAUGUCCACUGCAGAGCCACCAAGAAACAGAGAUUUCUUCACGGUCUAUGUGUCAGCUGUAGAACACCCAGGUCACUUCUGGUUACAGAUAGUCAACAGUAAGGCGCAGGAUCUAGACCUGAUGCUGAUGAACAUGUCAGAGUUCUACAACAACCCAGAUAAUCAAAAGGCUUACGAGCCUGACAGUUUGCAGAUAGGUGAGAUCGUGGCUGCUCCCUUCUCUCAUGAUCAGAUGUGGUAUCGUACUCGCAUCCUUGGUUUCCUUGACGAUGACAUGUUGGAUCUUUACUUUGUUGACUAUGGAGAUUCUGAAGCAACUCCAAAGUCUUCUGUUUGCACCUUGAGAGAUGAUUUUCUCGUUCUACCUUUCCAAGCUGUGGAAUUCUCACUUGCUAAUUCAUUUCCAGCUGUUGGUGAUCAAUGGACUGAGGAGGCUAUAGAUUACUUUGAGCAGUUAACUCAUGUUGCCAAAUGGAAACCCCUACAGGCCAAAAUAAUGGACUAUCAGAGUACAGAUAUUGGUACGAUACCAUGCAUCGAACUCUUUGAUACUACUGGAAGCACGGAUACAAAUAUUGGAAAGCAGCUGAGACUUUACGGGUUUGCCAAAUCAAAGAAAGACAAAGAGAGGGAGACGCCCAAAGUAACAACUGACACAGAGGCUUCGUCUGCUAUGCCCAGUGCUAUGCCCAGUGCUGCAGCAACAUCAGAGGGAGAUGGUCCACCAGAGUCAGGCAACUAUGCAAGGUCAUGAUGUAGAUGAAAUGUCUGAACAAAGUUAGCCACUACUCUGCUCUUUCUACUGUUAUUUCGACUAUGAUAGAACAAACCAAAGCUUAUGCUGGGAAACAGAUAACACUUACAUGUUCCACCGAUGACAGAUAUAUGUAUUUUAGUUUUUAGUUUCGGAAGUAGUUACAGUUCUAUCACUUAAAUGAUUUUUCAAUUCAAUUAUUAUGUUAUGUAGAUGGGCUGAACUUAAACUUGUAGUAAAACUGUAAAUCCAUUUUGGAUAAAUAGGUUGUACUUUUCAUUAUUCACUUAUUCAUUAUGGUAUCGUGAAGGGAUUAAUGAGAAAAUUAAACUUGUUUAAUUUGUUAGAUUCAUGAUGUAACUUUUAACAAAGAUUACCACUCAAGGACUACUUUUAAACCCCAGUCGGAAGUCAAUAAGUGAUCAGUUACAAUUUAUGAGUAACAUUUAUCACAUUUGAAAUUCAAUUGAGAAAACUAGGUAGUUUUCUUUGACUACCGGUAUGAGCCGUCUUGAAAGUUGAACCUCUGGAAAAUUUGCUGUGAAUGGAUUGCAUAUAAAGGUCUUUUUCAUUCACCUGCUGAUAGAAUUGAAUCUGGACCAUGGUCUUGACUUUUCUGAUAUACUUUUAUAAAUUAAUGAUUUCUUUAUAGCACCUUACUUUCUGUUCCUAUCAAUCUGCCCUCAUCCUUACCCUCCUGAGUUGGACUUAUGUUGUGGUGACUUUACUGGUAAUUAAGAUUUCUUUCAUGCAUGCAAUUCAUAUGACAUUUAUAUAUAGAGAAUUUCUAUGUAGUAAAGACUAAAAUGAACAACACAUUAUGUGCCAAACUCAUAAAGCUCAUGUAUAGUAUUGGUAAGCUACCAAAACAAAUUUUUAAGAUUUCUUUGAUUUUAGUUCAGUAAUAGGAAGGUACGACCACUUCAAAUCUGUUAUGAAGUUUUCAAAUUAGAAUUGAAACAUGAUUAAGAUCCUGGCUAAAAUCUAAAUUCCCAUCUAUGUGUGAGCAUAGAAACUAUGUGUACAACCAAUAGACAGCUAUGUGUGUGUGAACUUGAACAAAUCUCUGUUGUCUUGCUGGGCUAUGAGCUCAGGCGUUGAUGGAGUGGAGCAAUGGCAAUGAUGUGGGCUUUUAGAAAAAUACAAAUAAAGUCAUGGACAGAUCAUCAAAAUAUGUGGUACAUGUGACUUUUGAUACAUACAAGUGUGGAGCAACAUGAGCAGGAACUAAGUGGUUCCUGUGGAAAGCCUUUAGGAAUGAGAGAUUCCAGUCUUUCCAGUAUUAUAUCAAUGUUAUUCAUGCAUUCAGAACCAGAGCAUUAUCUUUAAUAACUAACAGGUAAACUAAUUUGCUGUCUACCAAAGAUGAGCACCGGUAGCUUUUUUUCCUGUAUUUAUCUUUCAUUCAUUUUAUCAGCAUGUUUUGACUCUUGCGUUUUAAAAACAUUGCUGUGUCGUUCAGGUGCUGCAUGAGGAAUGAAACAUUUGAAAUCAUUGUGCUAUCAGGAAUUGAUCAAGAAACCAAUGAUAAUGAUUACUAAAAUUUGAAUUGUUAUAUCUAUGUAAUUUUAAGGCCUUAAGGCUCGUUCAGAUAUGAGCAGCAAAACUGUAGCAUUUUUGUAGUGAUGAUGUAAAGUGUAAUAUGUUUCACAUUUCUGUAUCUUAUAACACAGAGCUCAGUGAAUAUCUGCAAGUCCUUUGUUGCACCAAGUUGCCAUUCGUUAUAAGGAUUUUUUUUUGUUCACUAAAACCAUAACUCAUUUCAUAGAAGCAAUGUAUUAUUUGUUCAUGUUCAUAUGUCUGCUGGUUAUUUCUUACCAUCUGUCAACAAGAUUCUUUGAUAAAUGUAUGAUUUUUGGUUGUGUCUUAGAUGUAUAUAUGCAUAAGACUUGAAAGUGUGCAAUACAAAGAUGCCAAAACGGUAAAAACAUUGGGAUUUCAUCAUCUAUGUAUAAGAUUAUAUUUUUCUUCAUUUUUUCUGAGUAUGAUGAUAAAUAAAUUGUUGCAAUACAGAUUGUAUCUCACAUGGAUAUGUUAUGUGUCACUCAAACUGUCACAGCUCGAGUCAAGUUGGACAGAAUAUGUGCUACUUACCGGUAUUCUAAAGGCAUAGCUCUUGUAUACUUUGGCCAAAACCACGAAGGUUUUUACUUUUUUCACAUAAUUAUACUGACUACCGAGGUUUGUUUGUCUAAAGCAUGCUCUUUGAAAACGUAUUGCACUCCAUAUUUUGUUUAAUCUUGAAACACACAGUGAAAUUGUGUAGGACCUUUGUUGCAUACAGGUACUUUUUUCAUCCUUGCAUGCCAAUCAUUUAGUACACAACAGCACACACACACACACACACACAAACACACAAAGUCUCAGUUCACCACUGCAUGUGUGAUCAAGCCUUUAGGAAGUUUAAUCUAUUGAACCCAUGGUCUAAACCAUCCUUUUCACCUCAAAUGUGAACUUAAGUAACAUAUAUAAGCAUGUAUAAUUGUGUUAGCGCCUGCCCAUUAGACAUUAGGACAUGGAUGUAAUAUGCUAAUGGGGGUUUAAAGCAUGGUUAGUUGUAAAACACAUUAAUGAAUUGGGCCAUUAGGAUAGGCAUAGCACUUGCACACAUAGGUAUAGAACCUUCCAUUCUUAGGCAGAGUGUAGAAAGUAUAGUACUGGUUGUAGUUGUUUUAAUAUUUAGAGAAUUUAUUUUUGAAAAUGUCAUCAAAGACACCAUCUCAGGAGAAAUCAUGUUUGUUACGUUAAGAUCAGUGAAAUAAUAUUAUGUCUGUUAACUAUUCAAAGUUGAAAAAAGAAAAAGACAGGGUUAUUUGACAAGACAGUAAGUACCUUGUUGUUCCUCUUCCACUAGCUAUGAUCCAAGGCAUAUACAUCUAUGUUCAAUAUGCAAGUUAUGAACCUUCAUGUAGUCUAUAAAUAAAAUAAUAAUCUCUCAAACUGCCAGCAGUAUCUGUAGUUAUACAGAAGCUGAAAAGUCAAUUUUCUUUCCAUACUUUGUAAUUGGUAAAGAUCGGAAGGAUGUUGAAAUGAUUUACAAACAAGAAGAGUUGUUCAUUAUUUGACAUUGUACUUUACUAUUUGUAAUGUACUUUUCUCCUUAUUUGUAUUACUAAUUCCAUUUAUUAAACUCCACUAAUUUAAUUUCACAUUAUAUAAGCCAUUUGUUGUCAUAUAAGCUACAUACAUAUGAUUGAUAUAUACAUUUUAAAGUGAUAUUGUAACUAACUUGCCAGCAAAUCAUUUUACAGUAUCUUGAUAAUUCUGACAAAUACAUUUGUAUAUAUGUCUUUUAUAUCUACUAACAAAUCAUUGAGGUUCUGAUUGAAGAAAGAGGAGAGAACAAAUUUCAAUAAAUACAACAUACAGGUUUCUAGGUGAAUAUAGAGAGGGUUGUAGAAAAAAGUUUAAACUAAUUUACAAGAGUAACAAUAUUCUAACAAUUGGUGAUAAUAGUUUUAGUUUCAUUACAAGGCCAUUUAAGCACUGUAACUAACUACUUUUCAUGUCUGUUCAGUAAUCAAUAAGAAUGUACUACUAUGUAUGUUUUUCACUAUACAUGUAUUUGUUACUUUUCUAUGGUACCAAGUAAUGUUUAAUGCUAUGCCAGUAUCACUGUUAUGCAUGAGGCUUGCUGUUCACUACACUCAACAGCAGUGUUUUUUGUUUUUUUUAUGAAUAAUAAAGUUUAAGGUUAUGAUCCUUCAAAAGGAA